AGCAUAUAAAUAGCUUUAGAAAUGGAAGAAUCGUUCGAAAAAUAUCAUUUAAGUGUCAAUAAUUUGACAAGUAAACAACCUUCUAUUUAUAAAACUAUUGACAUAAGUAAAGAUUUGAUUGUAUAUGGAACAGAAAAAAAUACUGGAGCACUGUUUAUAUACCGAAGAAACCCUCAUACCUUUUUUAAAGCCAUUCCCGGCAAUGUUAUUCGAGGUCCGAUAACGCUGAUAAAGAUUUCAAAUGAUCAGCAGACUCUCGCCUAUGCCAACCCAUUCGGUGAUAUUGCUUUAUAUUCUUUAAAUAGCUUCAUAUCUAAGUCAAACCAUGUGAAAUUACCAAACGGCUUCUGUACUUCGAUUUAUUGGCAUUAUACUGAUAAAGAACUUUUCUGUGGAGACUCAACAGGAAAUGUAUCAGCUAUCAGUCUCACAUUCUUCAUUGGAAGAAAUCUAAUAAAUAUUCAACUUAAUCCGAUACUCAUUUUGGACAGUAAAAUUGUUCAGAUUGAUGGAUUCAAUGAUUAUUUGCUUGUGUCGUCACUGACAAAAACAAUUUUGUGCAAUAAUGAACGUGAAGAGUUUAAACAAGUUGGCAAUCGUCCAAGAGAUGGACCGUUUGGUGCAUGCUUCACAAUUGAUUUUCAAUCGCUUGAACGGCAACAAAAUCGAAUAGCAGCAAUCGAUGAAUAUGAAUAUGAUAGGCUUUUAAUGGAAAAUGUGAUGAUUUACUGUUCAAGACCUGGCAUGAGACUUUGGCAAGUUGAUCUCAAUGGGAAUGUCCUCAAGACACAUCAAUAUAAAAAUGCAAAUUUUCCUGGUGCGCAAGUUAACUUACUUAAGGAUGAAGAUGAACAUUCAUCUGAUUCCUCGCCAUCCAUGCUAGACAAGACAAAUCAAUUUCAGUUGAUCACGUCUUUGAAUAAUACUUUCGUUUUUACAUGGAACACCAGUGGACUUUACAUUAUAAAUCCACAACAAUCAAAAAUCUUAUUUUGGACAAAUGAAUUCAAUGGGCAAAUUGUUGCAGUAAAAAUAAUUGAAAAUUCAAUAUAUUUGUAUCUUAGAGAUGGAAGACUAUUAGAAUUAAAAUUCUUGACACUGCAACAACAUGUUCUCCAUUUGUGCCAUAGUGAAAGCUAUGAAGAAGCUGUUAAUCUGAUAAGACAAAAUGUUGAUUACUUCCUUCACCUGUUGCGAAAUGAUGAGAACACCCCCAAGGAAAAUCAUCAGUAUGAAGUAUUACUUAAGGUUCGAGAUCAUCUCAUGGCCAAUGAACGAGAUGAUGUGAUUAAAGCCUUGACAGAUGUCUUCGAUGAACUGAUGAGAAAGAAGAAGGAUCAUAAUGUUCAAAUUUUAGCAAAGAAUGUUUUAAACAAGACCUCGACGACCACGACGACAAAAACGUUGAAUAGUCAAGAAGAGAAAGAUUCGAAUGAUGAAAAAACGACGAUUUUAUCACAAAUUCCUCCAAUGAUCAAUAAAGAUAAUGAAGAAGAUGUUGAAGACGCUCAAAAUGUGAAGAGAGCUGUACGACAACUUUACAUUCUUCAUCAAACAUCACUCAUUAGUAAUCUUAAUUUUCGUGAGCGAUUGUGCAAGAUUUUUGAUCAUUUUAAGAGUUCGACGAUUAUCAAAAUUCUUGCUGAGUUGGAAGCAUUAUUUGUUGAGAACGAUGAUUAUGGGAGAGAAAAUUCGAAGAAAGUUGUUGCCAAAAUGUUUCUCGAUUAUCUGCAACCGGAAAUUAUCUUCGAGAUUGAUGAUGAGAAGACAUUGAGCUUCAUCGCGAAUGCUUUGAUGGAAGUGCAGAAUGAAUAUAUUGAAGUGAGUCGAUGCCAUCGAUGUGACUUUCCUUUAAAUUGUGGAUUGAAUCCAUCAGGUUAUGAAGAGAUUGGGAAUAUUCUUCAACAGUUUUAUUGGUCGAGAGGAGAAUAUGAAAAAUGCUUUCAAUUGUGCCAAUCGCUUCCCUAUUUAUUAAAAAUUACUGGGAAAUUUAUCACUGACGAGAAAAAGUUUGAUAAAAUGAUUCCGUAUGCCAUCAAUUUAGGAGAUUUGGAAAUUCUUCACAAGUCUCUUGAAUUAUUUAAUGAUAUUUCAUUAUUCCAUCAACUCCUUGACGAAUAUGUGUUGGCGUGCGAUGGAAAAUUCAAAUGCUUGAAAUGUGAUGAAACAAAUGAAGUGACUACAGUGUCACGAAUUCUCACAUGGGAUUGUUUAUUCCAAGCAAUUGAAUAUUACUUAUGUGGUGGAGAGCUUAUUGAGCUACUCAUGCGCUUUUCACAAUUCAUUCCAAAUGGUUCAUUAAGCCGUCAGUUUUAUAUGAAGCUUUUGCUUCAUGCUACUGAUUAAUCAACACGCGAGUCUCAUUUAGCUUGCAAUGCGAGAAAUUAUAAAAAGUUGAAAAAUAUUUUCGAAAAAUGUGGCCAAAGACCAAACAAUAUUUAAUAAAGUAUGUAGUUGUAAGAGAAGAAUCUACAAAGUGUGUAUUUUAUCAUAUCAUCAAUAUGAGUCUCUGUCAAUAAAGAAAUCAAUAUGAGAGAUCAAAUAAAAUUUUAUUGGUGUUUGUUUUGGGAAACCUUGAAAUAUCUUGAAUUGGGGGAAAUGGAAGGAUGUUGUUG